AUGUGUACCGAAUAUCUCAUUACUACAAUUGUUGCCGGAGUGACAAAGGAGGAGACAGAGUUCGACUACUGCCCCCAAAAGCCUGCUUCUGGGAUCAUCAAAGACUGUCCAAACUACAAACUUGUUGUCUCUGGUUCUAGUCGGCAGAAGAAGACCCUCCCAGAUUGGGCAAAAAAAUGA